CAGACCGCACGACACACGCGAGGCGCGACGCCAGCACGAGCCACCCAAGUCAGAGACAGAAAUCACCAAGUGUCUCUCUACUUCUCUACCUUGCCUAGCCAAAAUCUACUGCCGACCACCACCGCGGCAGGCACACGGAGCACCCUCCACUCCACCGACCAAUACCAGCGGCAGUAAAUUCCGAGGCCGAGCAGCCGCUGCCGAGCCUCGAGGCUCCCUUCUCGCUUCCUUCACCCGCCUACUCCUCCUAGGGUUUCCUCCCGCCUCGCUGGCGUGCCGCCUCCCCUCGCCAUUGCCGCGGGGCGUUCCGCCGCUCGUGGGACCCGCAUCGAGACUCGAGAGCUGUUCGUGCUGAUUCCCGCGGAGCCUUGUGGCUGCGACUCUGCGGCGUCGGGUGGAGAGGUUUUGACGCCCGUGGGGGUUUGGAUCGAGGGCCCGGAGCUGUGUCUCCGCAAUGCCGGGCUGGUCUGGCGGCGAUUGCUAGGGUUUUCUGGUCGGAUUUCGGUGGAAGAGCUGAGGUUUUGCUUCGAGUGCGGGAGCUGCCUGCAACCCCCCCCCCCCCCCCCCCCCCCCCCCCCCCCCCCCCCCCUGGCCCGAGCUCGGUGUUUCCGCAGCAAUGCCUAGCCGAUUUUAGCUCGCUCUGGGGUUCCGAAGGGCGAAGGGGCUGUCGGGCGGUUCGAGAUUGCAAGGAGUCGGUGGCUCGGCCCAAUGUCCGGGGCAAGCGCGAGGGGGCGGCUGUCGCCAGCGUCCGGCGGCGCCGGGGACUCCGAACCGCGGUCCGCGGGGGGCAGGACGCGCUCGGUGUCCGCUACCCGCGGCCGGAAGCCCUCGCCGAGGCCCGGGAGGGAUGCCGCCGCGGCGGCAGGGGCGACAGAGGAGAGGAAACCCGCCGCCGUGCCCACAUUGCUGCCCUCGCUCAGCGCGCCCGCGGGGAUGCGUCGGCAGGAGCUGCUGCUGCGCUCGGGUCUGUCUCUCGACGCGUCCUGCUCCUCGGACGCGUCCACGGACUCGUUCUGCAGCCGAGCAUCCACAGGCCGGAUUGGGAGGCCGGCGUUUGGGGCUAGGAAGAAGAAGACCCUCUCUCAGACUGAUUACAAGCCUGUUUCCAUGCUGGAAAGGGAGGGUGGAUUGGCUUAUCAGACCGAUGCUGCUGGUGUCAAGAGGAGGUGCGCAUGGGUGACAGCAAAUACUGAUCCUUGUUAUUCUGCAUUUCACGAUGAAGAGUGGGGAGUUCCUGUUCACGAUGACAGGAAGUUAUUUGAGCUGCUAGUACUGUCAGGGGCAUUAGCUGAACUGACAUGGCCAGCAAUUCUGAAUAAGAGAGACAUAUUCAGGGAAGUUUUCAUGGAUUUUGACCCAGUAUCAGUCUCAAAAUUAAGUGAGAAGAAGAUUAUCGCACCUGGAAGCCCUAGCAGUUCCUUGUUAUCCGAACAGAAACUGCGCGGUGUUAUUGAAAACGCACGCCAAAUACUCAAGAUCAUAGAGGAAUUUGGAUCGUUUGAUAAAUACUGUUGGAGCUUCGUGAAUCACAAACCUAUAUUGAGCCGGUUCAGGUACUCCCGUCAAGUGCCUGUCAAAACAUCGAAAGCAGACGCCAUAAGCAAAGACCUGGUCCGAAGGGGUUUCCGCAGCGUCGGCCCAACGGUCGUUUAUACCUUCAUGCAAGUCUCUGGCAUGACUAACGACCACCUUAUCUCCUGCUACCGUUUUGCUGAAUGCGUGGCCUCCUCUGCUGGUGCCGCUAAACUUACCGAUGGAAGCCUAGCAGAUGCAAGUGAUAGCAACCACGCCACGGCGGAGCAGAAGGUGAACGGGACGAAUGACAUUGAACUGUCCAGGGCUAUAGACGAGCUCAGCAUUUCAUAGCGGUUAGGAGGGGGUGCUGAAGCGAGACGGUGUUAGCUUGUGUAUUUUGUGUGCUGUAGUGGAGGGUGUGAUUUGGUGUCUUUUUUCUAUAGUUUUUACCACUCGUCGAUGUAGGGUAGAACAAUCUUUAGUCUUUGGCUUGCCAGGACCAUUGAGCGACAGCAGUGUAAUGAUGUAUAUUCUUUGUGAUGCGAGUGCACCUGUUUUCCUGCAUUUCAGUUGAGCUGGCUUUUCGCCAGUGUCGUCAA